AAUUUGUUGGGCGACUUAGAUGAUUAUAUAAAAGCGUUAGAAACAAAGUUACAAACAAUUAAUGAACAUGAAGUCUAUUGUGACUAGUCCUGUGUGCAGUUUCUCCUUAAUACGCCAUAUGAAAUCGGACUGGACACAUUGGCAACUUUUUCUGGAGGCAGAUCCAGGAGAAGAUGCAUUGGAAUCUCUGCAUUCCAAGAAAAAGUAUUUACCCACCUAUGAGGAUCUCACAGAAGUCUGCAGUGGCAUUUCCAGUAUUAUAAACGCUUAUGAUUUAUUUCCCAAAGACAUUGCAAGAGGAUUGUUUUCGGGAGUCCAGCUCAAGUCCUUGAUGUCUCCUCGCGAUUGUGUCCAAAUGGCAGCUCACAGCAUAGACAUUCAAGACUUCAACAUGACCGUGGAGUGGCUACAGGUUGCUAUAUCUAUGCUAGGUAAUCCAAGCCUCCAAGACCGAUUUCACACGCUUUUCCAUUUAAAUGCCACUGAUUUAUACUUCAAACUAGCUGAAGUCUACAUAAGCCAAUACUUGUGGCUUCCUGCUCUCAAAACUGUAGAUGAUGCUUUGAAGUUACAGCCUAGGAAUGCAAAGCUGCUUGUGAUGGAAGAGCAUUUGAGCUCACGGAUCUUACUCGAUUUAUCACCAAAACUCCAUAUUUGAAUAUAAGAAAAAACCAACAUCAAUUGCAAAAAAACAAAAGCCUUCAUUGUUUUUAUCAACGCAAGAAAGAACAUUCAUUUUUAUUGCUUACUUCAUUGAA